GACCAGUAGUGUCUGGAAGUGGUUAGUGGAUGGCAGUGGAUAGUGUCUAAUGUCUAAUGGCCAGUGGCCAAUUCCCUGGCCACCAGCGGGCAUUGAAUGCGACUUGCUGACCAAGAGUGUCGCCCGCUGUGAUUGGGAAUGCCAAUUUCAGCAAUUAACAAUGGCCAUAAAAGCCUUGCCGGACAGGUGAGUAAAGCCGUCUUAAGCGCAGCGGAUGUGAGAUACUAAGUAUCUCAGUUACCAGAUAGCACUCGCCAGAUACCAGAUACCGCAUACAAGGAGCUUACACAUGCAGCACACCGUGGAUUAGCAGAGUGUGAAGCGAAGGCGGAAACGAUCUGAAUCCGAAUUCGAUGCUAAAUAUGUAUCUCAAUCCGAUUCAGUGUGGGGCACUAACCCGUAAACAAAAGCCAAAGGCCGCUGUCGAACAUUAAUCAGCAGAUCGACCCGCUUAAUGCACGCAGAAAAAUAUAUUGCCUAAUUAGUCAUCAGUUUUAUGGGCUUUAUGAUUUAUAACAAUUGCUGUUCUAUAAUUUUGUUGAAGAUGCUCCAACAGCAUUCAAUAAACAGAUAAAAGAACACAGCAAACUUUGAAAACCCAGCUACCAAGUGCCAGCAAAAAUUAAGUUAGGUUGAAUUAUAACUUUCUGCUACCAAAAUAAAUCAUAGCUAACACAUAGAAAGUUAUAUUCACUAAUAUUGUACUAAUUAUACAUUUUCAAAUUGAUUAGGUUCGAAAAAUACAGUUACGAGCUUUCAUAUAAUGUAUUUUCCAACAUAAAGGCUUUCAGAAACCAUUCUUAUGCCAGCUAUUAAACAUUUCUCUCAGUGUGGCAACAAAGUAGCAACAUUUAGGAAAACAAGACACGAGUCAUAGCUGUUGCUCUACAAAGUAUCUAUAUUAUUGCCCUUUGGCGGAGACUUCAUAGCUCCCAGCUCCAGCAUCAACUUCAACUUCAACUUCACUAGCGUUCAAGGCGCUGCAAUCGCUGUGGGUGGGGGAAUCUUGUCGGUGGGGGGGGGGGGGGGGUAGUUCAACGACUCGAUAACAAUAAGAUGUUGAAAGUAUCCGAUAUUUGGCGGGUGGGGAAGUGUUGGCCCGACCUUGGGCCGGAUUGACCGCUUAGAGCACUCGAAUACGAUUGAAUUGGCCACAAGUGGCUGGCUACGUUGGCCCAAUCACGCACUCACUUCCUGGCCAACUGACUGGCGUGACCCAUUGCCAUUGACCCAUUAUGCGAUGAGUAGUGCCAAAUCCCAAAACGCAAGCCAAACUUAAACCCAAUUCCGAUUGCAGUUCGUAACAAAGGCGACGGUAUGUGCCGUGCACUCUGGGUGGGAAUUCGGAAAUAGACACGUUCGACAGCUGCGGCACAUAAACAAGUUUGAUUGUUACGAAACACGGGCAUUGAAAUUAAAAAAUGAAGACGUCGAGAUCGCGACACCUGAAUUAUUUGCAGCCCUUAUCGAAUAAGUACACACAACUCGCGGUAUGAGUCGCAAAAACCAAAUUAGAAUAUCAAUCUCAUACGAACACACACACACUGGCAAACACUCGGGGCAAUCAUCUAUCUGAGCAGCCAUUUUAUGAGUCGUACGAAGAUGGAGAUACAGAUGCAAAGAUACACACUCGCACAUAGUGCGUACUGUAUCGGCUGGGACAUUGCAUGUCCAUUCUAAAAACUCGCUAGCUGGCUGGCUGGCUGGCAGAAGCCUGAAAUAUUGAACCGAUAUUGGGCAAACGCGUUUUCCAAAGCGUCGACCACCGAUCGGCUCAGUACGAUCCGAGCGAUCAGUCCCGCUCACCAAUACAGCGGACCAUAGCCAUAGCGCUCCGAUCCGAUCCGAGGCCCUCACCUCACCUGCCUGGCUUUCGCUUUCAGUUGCUGCUCGCCGCUGCCGCCGAUUGGUGUUGCUUCUUACCUGUGUCGCGUCGUCGUGUUGCCGCCGUGUUUUGAACUCCGACGCAAGGAUCACCCACCCAUUAGUGGCCACUCCCACACCUUUGGCAUGUGGUGAGCUGGAAAGUGAAGUGCUAUACUGAUUUCCGACGUUGCUGCUGCAUAAUACACUCCUUGCUGAGGAUAACACAUAGAAAAAGUGUCUGCUUCUCCUUUGGCAAGUGGAGUACGUGAGUGCUAAAUCGGAGCUACUACUACCAAAAUCUCAUCGAGGUGUUGCUCCUGUGUAAUCGUGUGUCCUUAUAGUAGCCCACUUCAUUGGCAUGUGUUAAAAGUGCGUGUCACGUGAUUCAGGUGAUUCCCCUUUGGCCAACUUAGUUUCCCCCCCUCGAAAAACAUGAACGCGGACCAGGAGUCGAACAACCAUCGCGGUUCAGUGUCGUCCAGUCGUUCCCUGGAGAUUCCCGCCACGCCCUCACGUUCACCCAAAAAAGUAUCCUUCUCGGAUGAGCUGCCCCAGUCGCAAACUCCUGCCCAGCAACCCAUCAACCAGCAGUCAGCGCCCACGGUUGUGAGUCACGUGCUCCAGCAGGCUGCCCAGUAUCUGGAGCGUUUGCAUGGAGCACGCGAUUCCGCCGAGGAAAAAACGGAGGAAGUGCAGCCAGAGCGAGCUGAUAUCAGAGAUAGCAGCGAUACCAGCGAAGCGGCCGUACUCGAUUUGGAUGCACUGGAUGCAAGUGCUGAUGAACCGGCGGCAAAUGCUGGCCCAAUCGUGGCCAGUUCGCCAAGUAUUCUAAUUGGAAGCGUUAACAGGCAGGAAGCGAUUGGCAGUGCAAAUGGAAAUGGAAAUGCGAAUCCGAAUCAGCGGCAAUCAAAUUUGUACAUGGAACGAUACAACCUCAAUUUAGAUAAGAACUGCAGCUCCAUGGAGCUGGAGGCGCGCCGGGAGAAGCAACGCUGGCUACUCAUAUCCGAGUGCAGUGCACUUUUCGACGAGGGCGAAGGCAAACACACCAGGGAGGCCUUCCGCAAGCUAUUCCUGGACGAGGAAUUCCAGCAGAAGCUCUUCCAGCUGUUUGAUCUCGAGCGGAAUGGCUAUCUCCUGCAAGAUCGCUGGAUCGAGCACCUCAAGGGUCGGCUAACGGACGAUCGCCAGAUGGACUUUGCCGAGCAAAUUGAAUCGGUGGCCUAUGUGAUCUGCGGUGAGAACAAGAGGGUUUCCUUCAAGAACUUUCGCGACAUCUGGCAUACCAGAGGGAUCCUCGAUAAGCUAUACCGCCUGAUUGAGUUGGAUGGAAGCAAUUUGGUUUCCACCAACCAGGUAAUGGAGUUCAUCUCUCAUCUGACCAACUCCCGGCCAAGGACCGGAUUCGACAAGAGCUCGCUGGCGCGGUUGGAGCAGCUUUUCCGUACUACAGUGGGCAACGAGCAGGAGAUUCGGCGGGAGGAGUUCCAGAAGAUAGUUACCUCAAAGAAUCCUUUCUUCACAGAGCGGGUUUUCCAAAUCUUCGAUAAGGACAACUCGGGUUCCAUUUCGCUGCAGGAGUUCAUUGAUGCCAUACACCAGUUCUCUGGUCAGUCGGCAGAUGACAAGAUUCGAUUUCUGUUCAAGGUCUAUGAUAUAGAUGGUGACGGACUCAUUCAGCACAAGGAGCUGCACGAUGUUAUACGGCACUGCAUCAAAGAGAACGGCAUGGAGUUUUCCGAAGACCAGAUCGAGGAUCUCACCAGUGCCAUGUUCGAGGAUGCUGAUCCGCACAAUAGUGGUGAAAUCACCUACGAGGCGCUAAAGAACCAGCUCCAUAAGCACGGUGGCCUACUGGAGAACCUGAGCAUAACAAUCGAUCGCUGGUUAGUGCCCAUCGCAGAGGAUCGGCAGGCGGGAGGAGCAGCGAAGAGCGGAUUCUGGAACUCCCUGCCCCAUCAGUUCUCGCUGGCCUACAUGAAGAACAACCAGGUGUUUGUCACAUAUCUCUUCUUCUACAUCACCGUCAAUCUGUGCUUGUUCAUAUCCCGCGCUAUCCAGUAUCGUGCCAGUAAUGGUUUCGUCAUCAUAGCUAGAGCUUGUGGACAAUGCCUGAACUUCAACUGUGCCUGGGUCCUUGUACUUAUGCUGCGGCACUCACUGACUUACCUCAGGGGUCGUGGGUUGUCCUCGUACCUGCCACUGGAUCACCACGUCUAUCUGCACAAACUGACGGGCAUCACGAUCUCCGUAUUGAGCUUGAUUCAUACAAUAAUGCAUCUGUUCAACUUUUCCAUCAUCGUGAUCAACGAUCCAAACAUAAAUGCGGGUCAUUACACCAUAGGGGAAUGGCUACUCACAGAUCGUCCCGGUUUGUUUGGCCUGAUACCAGGAUGUGCCAAUCCCACGGGAGUAGCUCUGCUUGCCAUCCUGGUGGUGAUGUUCGUGUGCUCCCAGCCCUUUGUACGGCGGAAAGGCAGUUUCGAAGUCUUCUAUUGGACGCAUCUGCUUUAUGUGCCCUUCUGGAUACUGUGCCUCUUCCAUGGACCCAACUUCUGGAAGUGGUUCCUGCUCCCAGGACUCGUUUACAUAGUGGAAAGGGCUCUUCGCUUCAUUUGGAUGAGGGGAGAGCACGGCAAGACGUACAUCAGUUCCGGAUUGCUUUUGCCUUCGAAGGUGGUGCAUCUGGUGAUCAAGCGACCACAUCAUUUUAACUUCCGUCCCGGCGAUUAUGUCUUCGUGAACAUACCGGCCAUUGCCAACUAUGAGUGGCAUCCAUUUACUAUAAGUUCGGCGCCCGAGCAGGAGGACUACAUGUGGUUACACAUACGCACUGUGGGCGAGUGGACCAAUCGCUUGUACCGCUACUUUGAGCGGGAGCAGCAAAAGCUGCAGCAAAGUGGCUCCUCGCAAGAGAUUCCCCAACACAUGCACGCCAUUCCCACGCCCAGUUUCAUGCUCCUCAACGAAGCUCGCAACCCUGCGAUAGCCGGAGAAAGAUCAGCAACGCCGCAAACUGAUUUCCUGGCCAAGAAUUUGGGAGUGCAGGCUGUGCCGCCAGUGCGUCCGCCCCGACAGAACCGCAAGCCCGCGCCAGGAGCUCCUAUCGAUCCUCCAGCCACUGGAGUUAACCGCAUACGCAGCAUCAAGAAGACUCUGCAGCGGACAUUCUCCAGAAAGGAGGCAGUGGACCCAAAGAAGGGCAUCCCAAACGGAGCUUUCAUUGCUGAUGGCGAGCGGGAGGACUCCAACUUGAAGCAGAGACCGCUGGAGAAGAGCAUUUCUCUGCCGGACAUCAGUGUGAAGAGCAAAAAGCGGAGUCGCCUCAAGGCACUUCGAGCUUUGGGUCGCUCUGAAUCCGAGUCUGCCUUUGAUGAGAAGCGGGUGCGUCGCGCAAGGAACAACAGCGUGGGAUUGGCCUACCUCAGUCCGCAAAACAAGUCGCUGGCGCAGAGUUUCCGAUACAUGCGUACCAAGCCCACUAUCAUCGCCUUCAAGACGCCCAGCAUGGAGGAGCGAGAGCAUCAGGUGGCAGCAGGAGAAGCCAAUGGAGCAAGUCCAGCUAGCCGAGCCGAACAGGGUCAACUGAGUUCGAGGAUGGAUUCAGCGGACAAGUUGCAGUUGGCCAGGCUAAGCUUAUCCGCCGAGGGGGCAUCCAAGCCGUUGGAGGACCAAACACAGACGGGAUCGCCUAGCAGAAAAUCUAUUCUGCGACGACCCACAUUCCUGCGCUCCCUGUCCGCCUCCAUAAAUAACAGAACCGGAGGAGGUGGUGGGGGAUCAACUGGUAGCUCCACAACUAACAGCGGUGGCAAAGUGACACUUGAUGCGGGAGUCAUGGAGAUAUUUAUCGAUGGCCCAUAUGGAGCACCCUCAAGUCACAUCUUUGGCGCUCAGCACGCGGUGUUAAUUGGCACGGGCAUCGGAGUCACACCGUUUGCCUCCAUUCUGCAGUCCAUCAUGCAUCGGUACUGGAAAGCUCGGCACAGUUGCCCGAGAUGCCAAUUCGAAUGGGCCAGCGAGAUACCCAAGUCUGUGAUGAAUCUGCGGAAGGUAGACUUCUUCUGGAUCAACAGGGAUCAAAGAUCCUUCGAGUGGUUCGUCAAUCUGCUGUCCCAGCUGGAGAUCGAGCAGGCAGAGCUGGGCGGUGCCAUGGAGCGAUUCCUGGACAUGCACAUGUACAUAACAAGUGCGCUGCAAAGAACCGACAUGAAGGCAGUGGGUCUCCAACUAGCUUUGGACUUACUGCACGAAAAGGGCAAGCGGGAUCUGAUCACGGGUCUGAAAACCCGCACCAAUGCCGGCAGGCCCAACUGGGAUAAGGUGUUCAAGCAGCUGCAGGCCCAGCAAAAGGGAAAGGUCACCGUCUUCUACUGCGGCCCACCACAGUUGGCCAAAACGUUGAGAUACAAGUGCGACCAGUACGGAUUUGCCUUUCGUAAGGAGUGCUUCUGAACAAGCCGCCACAUCCAUCGCCCACAUCUUCUCGUCCAGUUUCAUCUCCACACCACUCGCUCUGUGUCAAUCCCCUUCGUUCAUCGUGUUCUCAUUUGCAUAAGCAACGGGUUUAUUUCGGGUUCGGUUCGGUUUAGCUAAGCUUAGAUGGCUAUUUAUUCGUCACUUGUCUUGUUGCCUCAUUGUUGAGUGUGUGUCCCCCAGCUUGUAAAUAUCUAUAUCUAUCUGUAUUAUCUAUAUGCUCAUGCAAUAAAGUUUGUUACCC